UACUCACAACCAAAGCAUUGCAAAAUUUGAAUAGGUCAAAAAUCAAAUGUCUACUGCCAAAGCUUUCUCCUUCUUCAAAACCCCUCUCUUCUUCUUCUUCUUCUUCUUCCCCCGCAUUCUCCACAAGCAACUGAGAAGCCUAAAGCAUUUCCACAGAAGUCUCAGCAACGUCCAUGCACCCCACAGCAACAAUAUCAAACUGCAGAGGUAUUCUUCUCUUGCUCACCACAGAUCAGACCCAUCUGACCAAACCUUGGUGUUUGAUGUGGAAGCUGCUCUCCUCAAGUCCUCUUCCCUUUUUCCUUACUUCAUGCUUGUGGCCUUUGAAGCUGGGAGCCUCUUAAGGGCACUUGUCCUCUUUCUUCUGUACCCUUUUGUGUGUUUGGUCAGUGAGGAAAUGGGCAUAAAGAUUAUGGUCAUGGUUUGCUUUCUUGGGAUUGAGAAGGAGAGCUUUAGGGCUGGGAGGGCUGUUUUGCCAAAGUUCUUCUUGCAGGACGUUGGGUAUGAAGGGUUUGAGGGGGUGAGGAGGUUUGGGAAAAAAGUGGGUGUCAGCAAUUUACCUGUGGUAAUGGUCGAGAGCUUCUUGAGAGAUUAUCUUGAGAUUGAUUUUGUCGUUGGGAGAGAGUUGAAAGUGUUUUAUGGGUACUUUCUGGGAGUAAUGGAGGAAAAGAGAGAAGACUGUGUGUUUGACUUGGAGGAGAUUGUUGGAGGAAAAGAGAAGGGGAGGAUUAGUAUUCAUGAUGAUGUUAUUGGGAUCUGUGGCUUCAAUAACAAAUCUCUUGAUCAUCAGCUCUUCUCUUAUUGUAAGGAGAUUUACUUAAUCAACGAAACAGAGAAGAGGAAUUGGCAUGUUCUCCCUACAGAAGAUUACCCAAAACCACUAAUCUUCCACGACGGUAGAUUGGCCCUCAGGCCAACCCCAUCAGCCACACUGGCCCUAUUCAUGUGGUUCCCCUUGGGGGUAGUCCUCGCCAUCUUUAGGGCACUUGUUGCCUUGUCCUUAUCUCGCAAGGCCUCUCUCCCCAUCUUGGCCUUCACGGGUCUAAGACUCCGGUUUACAAAAGCCCUCUUAAAUCCUAUAAAAACCCACGAAGAUCAUAUCCGCAGCCCAAAAGGACGAGGAAUUCUCUAUGUGUGCAACCACAGAACUCUACUAGACCCUCUCUACCUCUCCUUUACCCUUAACAAAAACAUCACUGCAGUAACCUACAGUCUAAGCAGACUCUCUGAGCUCUUAGCACCAAUCAAGACCUUUCGAUUGAGGAGGAACAGAGAUCAAGAUGCCCAAAUGAUGGAGAAACUUCUGGGUGAAGGGGAUCUUGUGGUUUGCCCAGAGGGAACCACUUGUAGGGAACCCUACAUUCUUAGGUUUAGCCCAUUAUUUUCAGAGAUUAGUGAAGAGAUAGUUCCUGUGGCUAUGGAUUCACACGUGUGCAUGUUCCAUGGCACCACUGCAGGUGGGCUCAAGUGCUUCGACCCUCUUUUCUUCCUCAUGAACCCCUCCCCCUCCUAUACCGUUCGAUUGCUAGAUAGGACGUCUGGGUCGUCCACCUAUCUUGAUCAUGGAGAUCAUCGUCAUAAUCAUCACGAAUCGAGGUUUGAUGUGGCCAAUCUCGUUCAAAGUGAGAUUGGGAAGGCUUUGGGUUUUGAGUGCACCAAGCUAACAAGAAAGGACAAGUACAUGAUAUUGGCCGGUAAUGAAGGGAUAGCAGCUUCAAGUACUAAUGGAGAGCUGCGUAAAAAUGGCUCUUAGUGUUAGUGGUUUUCAUGAACUUGUGUAUAUGAUGAAAUCUAUAUUGUGUUUUUGUCUAUUUAUUCAUAUUAGGUAUUCCUAUAAUUGUAUUUAUGUUUUUAUUUUUUUAACUUUACGUCGAAAUUCUAAUUCGCAGCAAAUGUACUUACAAAUUUUUCCAAAAAAGGAAUUUGCACUA